AUGUCAGUAGAAGCAAAUUCACAUUACUCCGAGCUCAACAACGAAAUAAACAACGACAAUGUGGUCCCUGAUCCAAGCUUUACGUCAUUGCAAAAAGUGGAGUUUGAGGGAGAGAUUCUCACCAUAGAUACAAAUAACUGGAGACAUUCGAGAUUACUACAAGUCCAGAUUAUUUCGGCGUACCUCGUAUUUGUGUUGUUUGGAUUAAAUGAACAAACAGUGGGUACAAUGAUCCCAAAGUUACAAGAAUAUUAUCAUCUUAGUGAUUUACAAAUUAGUUUCGUAUUCUUUUGCUCCGUUUUGGGGUACUUGACAAUGGCAUUGGUGAAUAAUCAGACCCAUGAGAAGCUAGGGAUUAGAGGUGUUGCAAUAUUGGGCGCCUCAGCAAUGUGUUUGGGAAACUUGAGUGCAUCGUUCAAGCCACCUUUUCUCAUCUUUCUCAUUUGCUACUUUUCGAAUGGUAUUGGACUUGGUGCUUUGGAUGCUUCAUUGAAUGCCUGGAUGGGAAAUUUAGUCGACUCGAAUCAAUUGUUGGGGAUCUUACAUGGUUGUUAUGGUAUUGGAAGUUUAGUAUCACCAAGUUUGAUUACUUAUCUUUUGGAGAAGGCCGAUAAUCCAUGGGAUUGGAAUACGUAUUACCUUUUAGUGGCCUCCUUUGGAGCGACUGUGCUCAUAUUAGUUGGCUAUACGUUUAGAUUCGAAACACCAAAAAAGUACAAAUACAUGGCACAACUAAGGCACCAAAAGUCAAAGCAGAGUAAACUACUGGAGGAUACCGAUCCAAAUGAAGUUGAGCUUGAUGAUAUGAACAAGACAAACUUUGAAAUUGAAGAUGCCGAUGAAGAGGAUGAGGAACAUUCAGCGACUUUUACACAAGCUGUGAAACUGCCAUUAAUCUGGGGAUUCGCGGGAAUCCUUUUCAUCUACGUUGGUGGUGAAGUCGCAUUUGGCGCAUGGUUGGUGACUUAUUUAUUAAGAAUAAAGGACUGGACAUAUAAGGCCUCAUCGCACAUUGCAACUACAUUUUGGUUUGGCCUUACUGUUGGUCGAUGUACUCUUGGCUUUGUAACUGCACAUUAUUUCAAUACUGAGUUGUCCGCCAAUCUCGCGUACAUAGUGGGCUCAUUGUUGGGAUACGUACUUUUCUGGCUCGUUUCAUUUACUCAUCAAGUGGUUCUUCUAUUUAUCAUUGUAUUUGUGACAGGAGCGAUGGUGGGUCCCAUAUUUCCUACCACCAUUGUCGCCCUGGUUAACAUCUUACCUGCUAAAUUCCAAACCAUAGGUAUUGGAUUCAUAUGUGCAUUUGGAGGUGGAGGUGCUGCUGGUAUUCCAUUUUUGAUUGGGUUGAUGGCUGAUUCUAGCGAAGGUGGAUUAAAAGCAUAUCCUGUGAUGGUCAUUAUUAUAUUUGCUGUGCUAUUGGUGCUGUGGUUGGUGAUUAUGAAGAAAUACACUAGAGGGUACAAAAGGAAUUUGAUCUAG